AUGAACGGUGCCCACGGUGGCCCGGCCCGGCCGUGGGCGGCGCUGGCCGUGGAGGCGUACAGCUGCCAGUACGGUUCGCCCAAGUACCUGCUGCUGUGCGGCCUGGGCGGGAUGGUGAGCUGCGGGCUGACGCACACGGCCAUCGUGCCCCUGGACCUGGUCAAGUGCCGCAUGCAGGUGGACCCCCACAAGUACAAGAGCAUCGUGAGCGGCUUCCGGGUGACGGUGCAGGAGGACGGGGUUCGCGGCCUGGCCAGGGGCUGGGCGCCCACCUUCUUCGGCUACUCCAUGCAGGGCCUCUUCAAGUUCGGCCUCUACGAGGCCUUCAAGAUCCGCUACGCGGAGCUCCUGGGCGAGGAGCGGGCCUACCUGUGGAGGACCGGCCUGUACCUGGCCGCGUCGGCCAGCGCCGAGUUCUUCGCCGACGUCGCCCUGGCCCCGAUGGAGGCGGCCAAAGUCCGCGUGCAGACGCAGCCGGGCUAUGCGCGCACCCUGCGGGCCGCGGCGCCGCGCAUGUUCGCCGAGGAGGGCCUGCGGGCCUUCUACAAGGGCGUGGCGCCGCUGUGGCUGCGGCAGGUGCCCUACACCAUGAUGAAGUUCGCCUGCUUCGAGCGCACGGUGGAGGCGCUCUACAAGUACGUGGUCCCCAAGCCGCAGAGCCAGUGCACCAAAGCCGAGCAGCUGGGCGUCACCUUCGUGGCCGGCUACAUCGCCGGCAUCUUCUGCGCCAUCGUGUCGCACCCGGCCGACUCGGUGGUGUCCGUGCUGAACAAGGAGAAGGGCAGCACGGCCUUGGGAGUGCUGCGGGCACUGGGCUUCGUGGGCGUGUGGAAGGGCCUGUUCGCGCGCAUCGUCAUGAUCGGCACGCUGACCGCCCUGCAGUGGUUCAUCUACGACUCCAUGAAGGUGUACUUGAGGCUGCCCCGGCCCCCGGUGGCCCGAAUGCCGGAAUCCCUAAAGAAGAAGGGCCAGGGCCAGGGCCAGGGCCGCAGGCCCUACUGGCCCGUGUUCCCUCCGCGGUGA